UUUCUACCUGUGGCCCUCGUUACCUCGUUACCUCGUUACCAGUGCUCCCAUUCUUUUAUCCAUGUCUGGCUCGUCAGCUUCUUCGUCUUCCGCCGCAUAUUAGUUCAAAAACACUUAUCAUAGAUACCUCGACCGCCGGUGCGUCGAUGUAAUCACAACGAUCCCUCCCUAUAUCCUACGUGACCACAGCGUUUUUAUUUUCUUCCUCGGCUGCACCGUCAUGAGCGUCAUGAGCGUCAUGAGCACCAACGUCGAAUCUCCCUCAGCCGAUGUGGCUUCUCCUUCGCCGACUCUUUCCCCAACUCUACUACCUACGCCAGACACGGCCAGCUUGCGAUCUUGUUCGGGUAUCUCUUCCAUCUCCAGCAUAUCGUCCUCAUCGGGUGCUUCCACCGCAUCCAAGGCUGCUUCUCGAAGGCGCGGAUAUGUCAGACCACAAGGGGCUCAAUUCGCCGACUCUGCCAAAAACCGAGAAAGUGUCAUGAGUUUAGGGAGCAUUGCCCAUCUACAAUACUACUUUGCCCGGACUGGUUUGUUGGACGGGAAAGGCGGGCAGUUGGCCAAAAAGAAACAGAAUGGAGAAUAUGAUAUUCCCAAGUCCUCUCUGGGCGGAGAUCAGACUGUGGUUGACUCGCCUAUUGAUGAUGAAGCACAAGCCCUGUGGGAAGCUGCCCAAGAAGAGGGUGCGGAUGUGAUGCUGCCUCCUACGGUUUCAACCUAUAGUCACCGACCGAACAAUGUUGCCCCUCCACCUGAUCAGAAAACCAUGAAAAGAGAAUUGGUCGAGGCUCUUGAGAAUGCAUUACAAGCAGUCGAAUCCUGUGAACGCACGGCGAUGGAGAAGCUCGAUGACCAGACCCAAGGGUUUCAUGAGAUACAGGGUCUGCAUGUGCUUGAUACCACAACCCAAGCCAUUCGUGCCGCCAGAGUAUACUACACACUUCACCCCAACCCGCAAAGACUUAACUCGAUCCGAUCGGACCAAGAAUUACGGAAAGAUUUGCAUUCUGUCCUGGAUGUCUUGAAGAAGUGUGCCUCACGCAACUUCUCCGGUGGCUUUAGAGAAGACGAGCGAUUGGCUGUACUGGUCUGGGUCAGCGAUGUUGGCAUGAUGAUUGAUAAGGAAGCCAAAUUGGAAGAGGCCGACAAGAAGGAACGAAGGGACUGGCAUUGGAUGGAUGACGGCAAGUGGAUCAACAAGGACCGAGAACGGGAUAUCAAUUUCCUGAAUUUUCUCUUGAAAGGACAAUGUCAGAAUCCCGCAGAUGGGAAACUCGACAACGAUCCCGACUACUUUCGACACCUCGCUGACGGGAGAUAUCUUGUUCAAAUCCACAACGCUGCUGUCCAUCGAUCUAAGAAGCAUUUCGACUACAUCAAGUCUUUUCAUGAAGACAUAGCAAAGCCAUAUCGACGAGCCGACAACCUACGCUACUGGAUGAAGGCGGCCGAGCUGAGAUGGGAACUACGACUCAGGUUGGACGUCAUGGCAGUAGCGAAUCAGGUCGACACCGAUGGGACCUGGACAGCAUUCGAGGAAGUGGUCCGACAGUGGUGCAAUGGAGUUCGUGCCGAACUGACUAGAGAUUGGAACGGUGAAGAGGAACGAAAACUUCAUGCCCGUGCAAGAAGUCUUGCAAUGGCGAGCCCCCUGUCGAGUCCGGCAAGACGAAAUUCCCCAGCUCCUCCACUUCCCAGUCCGUCAAGAAGGAUGAUGAUUGCCGGUCCACUGGGAAGCCCAUCCAAGCGGGCAAAGGCCAUAACACCUCCUGACAGUCCUAGCCCGACAUCAGCCCCAGCUUCGUGUGAUGAGGAAGCCUAAGUCCAGCUUGGAUUUUGAGAGAAAAAGGAAAUGCCCACGGCUCAUUGUGGGCAAGACACUGCUUUGACAAGCGUUCCAGCCAUAUAACGAUACCCACGCAGCAUCUUAUUUACCUUUACAACACUAAUCUUGAGAGGCGGCGCGGGAGAACACCCUUAGUACAGAAAAGGCGGCAAGACUUUGAGACAAGAAGUAAGGAUGUCUUGACUGUAAAAUGGUGGUUCAAGUCCAAGUAUAAUAUUCUAAAUUCACCUACAGAGUAUUGAGUAUUUCAUUGAGAUACCAACUCGGCUUUUCAACCCUUUAAUCAAAGCACGAAGCAUCCAUUAUGAAGAGAGAUAGUAGCUUUGUGAAGGUAUAGAAACUGAUAUGAUAUGCCUUUUGAAAUAUGAAUCGUUUCUUGAGUUGUUGUUGUCUCGUAUUCUGGAUGGUUUCUGGGUGAC